AAUCAACCUUGGCCGGCCACAGGCUCUGAUCGCCCUUUGGAGAAGCUCAAAGGAGACUGUCCAGAGCUUGUGCAGGGUGCAGGCAUCUUGUUGAGUAGUCAAGGUGGUGGUGGUGGUCUCUGAAAUUUGAAAAGCAAACGUCGAUCACCUAAGUUAGCUGAGAUUGGGCAGCAAUUUGCGCUGGACCCGACCCGCGUUCAUUGGUUGUGAAGCGCCGACCCCUUCUUGGGCGCUAGGUCGCUCGCAAUGGGGAAUGUCAAAUCAAUCUAUCUUAUUCUGUACAACAUGAUCUUGGCUGGAGGGUGGACUCUUGUUCUUGUAAAGGCGAUUGAGGCGCUGCGGACCUCAGGCCCCGAAACGUGCAUUGAGGCGUGCAUCCCGGCCCUGCAAGUCUUCCAGACGCUUGCCAUUCUUGAGAUCUUCCACAGCCUCUUCGGUAUUGUGCGCUCGCCUCUCUUUUCAAACAUUGUCCAGGUUUUCUCGCGAGUCUUCGUAUUGUGGGCCAUCGUAUACAGCUUCCCGGAGGUACGGACGUCCGUUUUCGGAUCCAGCCUGUGCAUAGCUUGGGCGUUGAGCGAGAUCAUCCGGUAUGUCUUCUACGCGCUCAAGGAGGCUCUCGGGGAGGCUCCGUACAUUGUCUUGUGGCUCCGGUACACCCUGUUUAUCGUUUUAUACCCGGUGGGAGCGGGUAGCGAGGUGGUGCUCACAGUUUUGGCGCUGCCGUUCGUUGCGGCGUCCAAAAAGUUCAGCUAUCCGAUGCCGAACCGGUUGAAUUUCGCCUUCGACUUCUACCCGGUCGCAUGCGGGGUCCUCUUCAGCUAUCUUUACGGCUUUCCCUUCAUGUACACACACAUGUUGGUCCAGCGAAAGAAGGCUUUGGGUCCACCUAAGGCCUCCCCAACGAAGAAACAGUCUUGACGCAGCCCUGGCUUGUGCAGCUCCGAGCUUGUACCGAAGGUCCGCAUGCAAAUAACAAAAUCGUCAAACACACCGGGCGCUGUGCUCCUCAAAAGAUGCGGAACUCCGUGAACCUAACUUGCUUUCAAAUUACUGUGAUGGCUUGGGCUCGCGUCCGGUAACAUGCAAGCGCGUCAAAAGAGAAUGAUGGACAGUGCACACGAGAUCGUCGUUCUUCAUCCUUUGUUGGCUUUAGCACACACGAGUCAUAACACGUUGGAGCGUUCUCUGAACCGUAUGAGGACAUAUGGCCACUUGUUUAAAUACAUCGCAAUCCAAAGGCUUUAGUAACACUGUGCAUGUAUGCAAUGAUGAUCUGAUCGGAU